AUGGGGGAGAAAGAGAAACGAGGGAGAUUAAUGCCAAAGCAUGUGGCAAUUAUAUUGGACGGUAACAGACGUUGGGCGGAGAAACGAGGACUUGGAACAUCGGAUGGUCAUGAAGCCGGAGCCAGCAAACUCGUGGAGAAUGCUAAGGAUUGUUUCGCUAUGGGGACAAACACCAUCUCACUCUUUGCUUUCUCCACUGAAAAUUGGGCAAGACCCGAGGAUGAAGUUAACUUUUUGAUGGCCUUGUUUGAGAAACAACUCAAGUCAGAGCUGCCUUACUUCCAAAGAGAUAAAAUCAAGAUCUCGGUUAUUGGGGAUCGGGCAAAACUCCCCGAGGCGCUUCUAGAUUUGAUACAAGAGGCAGAGGAAGCUACAAAGAGUUAUGAAGGGAAGCUUCUCAUUGUAGCGAUAGACUAUAGCGGAAGAUUUGAUAUCUUACAAGCAUGCAAAAGUCUUGCGGAAAAAGCGAAAAACGGACUGAUCCAAGUGGAGGACAUUGACGAGAAGGCGAUGGAGAAAGAGUUGAUGACAAAGUGUAGCGAGUUCCCCAACCCCGACCUAUUGAUCAGAACGAGCGGAGAGCAAAGGAUUAGUAACUUCUUCCUGUGGCAAUCAGCUUACACUGAGCUCUACUUUCCUAAGGUUCUAUGGCCUGACUUCGGUGAGGCAGAGUAUCUCGAGGCCUUGACUUGUGACAAGGGAACUUAUGUGGUCAGAGAGGAGGAGUCACCUAAAGGGCUUCGGAAAGAGCUGAUGCCGCGACACGUGGCGGUGAUAAUGGACGGAAACCGGAGAUGGGCCAAACAAGCCGGAUUGCUGACGUCACAAGGCCACGAGGCCGGAGCUAAACGGCUUAUAGAGUUUGCUGAGCUCUGCUUCGAACUAGGGAUAGAUACUGUCUCAGCUUUUGCUUUCUCCACUGAGAAUUGGGGAAGAGGCAAGAUUGAAGUCAAAUUCUUGAUGUCUUUGUUCCAACUAUACCUCAAGUCAAAGAUCCAAUUUUUCCAGAGCAAGGAAAUUCGAGUUUCCGUUAUCGGGAAUCUUGCGAAUAUCCCGGAAUCUCUCCUCGGAAUAAUCAAACAUACUGAGGAAGCUACAAAGUGCUACAAGAAGAAGCAUCUCAUCUUGGCGAUUGACUAUAGCGGGAGAUUCGAUAUCUUGAGCGCUUGCAAGAGCAUCGUGAAGAAAUCGGAGCAAGGUUUGAUCCGAGAGGAAGACGUGGACGAGACAAUGUUCGAGAGAGAGCUUCUGACUAAGUGCACCGAGCUCCCAAGUCCUGAUCUCUUGAUUAGGACUAGUGGAGAACAGAGGAUAAGUAACUUCUUCUUAUGGCAGCUCGCUUAUACCGAGCUCUUCUUCUCGCCGGUCCUUUGGCCUGAUUUCGAUAAAGAGAAGUUUCUCGAGGCCCUGGUUUCGUAUCAGAAAAGGGAAAGACGAUUUGGAUGCCGGGUUUGA